AUCCGUAUGAAGUUAAGUUGAAUGGUUUCUUGUGAUUUGUUUAUAUUUUUCACUUUUUGAUUUAGUUUAAAUUUAAUUUAAUUAAAUUCGUUGGAUAUUAAUUCUGUGAAUAUGCAUCCUCAUCACGCUAAAAUCGUUAAAAAGCCUGGAGAGAAAGUAGAUGAAUUUGAAUCUGCAAUUUCACAGGCUUUAUUGGAGAUUGAAUUGAAUCCUGAAUGUAAGGCUCAAUUAAGGGAACUUCACAUUGUUGGUGCAAAGGAAAUAGACGCUGAUGGAAGGAAAUCAAUCAUUAUUUGGAUUCCACCUCCACAGCUUAAAGGCUGGCAAAAAGUUCUCGUUCCCGUAGUUCGUGAAUUGGAGAAGAAAUUUAGUGGUAAAACAGUUGUGUUUGUAGCUAAAAGAACCAUUUUACCAAAACCAACAAGAAAAGUGAGGUCCAAGUCCAAGCAAAAGAGACCUAGAAGCCGAACUCUAACUGCUGUCCACGACGCUAUUCUUGGAGAUAUUGUCUACCCUGCUGAAAUAGUUGGUAAAAGGACUCGAAUUUGUCUUGAUGGAAGACGCUUAUUCAAAAUUCAUUUAGACAAAUCUUAUCAAACCAAUAUAGAGCACAAAACCGAUACAUUUGCUGCUAUUUACAAGAAGCUCACUGGUAAAGAGGUUAAAUUCGAAUUCCCUGAACCUUUGUUUUGAUCGAAAAAUAUGUUGAAAUAAAAUUAAUCACAAUCAACGA